GGACAUGGCCUCCCCGGCCUUCCCCACCCGAGCUGCAGCAAAGUCCGUCCCCUGACCCUGCUUGCUCAGCCCCACAGCCUGCGACUGGUUGCUGGGACUUGCCGGCUGCCUUUCCGCAUGCCCCUGGCUAGUGCCGUGGGAACGCUGCAGGCUGACAGGAGCCGGGGCAGGGAGCAGGCUGGAUGGAGGCCCCGUUAGUGGCAGAGGAUUCCCGGGGUGAUCAGCGUGCUGGGCUGGGGCUCGCUGGGCCUCUGCCAUGGAGUCCUGCACUGCACACCUCUGAGGAGGCAGGGGCUGAAGGUCCAGCCGGUGUCUCUGAGCCAUGGGAAGCCAGGUUGCUGGGGAGGGCAGGUGGGGUUAUGCCUUCACCGAGGGGCGCGCUCCCAUCAGGCGAAUGUCUCCACGGGGGACAGAGCCCAGAUUUCCCCCUGUGCUAUCUCUAGGACUGGAAUAAAGUGAAAUGGGGCCUCCCGUCCCCCCCAUGGGUCAGCGCCAUGGACGGGGGGGGGGGGCAGGCCAUGUGGUGGCUUUCUCCUGCCAGGGGCUCUCUGACACGCCCUGGCACCUGUGGGGCUUGUCAUCCGAGGGGACGUGUGCGCUCCGGGAGGGGAGAGGCUCAUUAGAGCUACUGUCAUUUCUGUCUGUGCUGCGAGAGGCAGGAGCCCCCCACAGACACACGCCCAGCUCCUGCCCCAGACUGCCCAGUGCAGCUCGGCUGGAAGGGCUGGCGUGGGGCGCCGGCUGGGGCCGCGAGUCCUGCACCUCUCCCUUCAUAGCAACCUCCGGCUGGGAGCCACUCGAGAGGUCACCGAGCCCAGCCCCCUGUGCUGAGCCUGGACCAAGUAAACCCAGACCUGCCCUGACAGGGGCUUGUCCAGCCUGGUCCUAAAACCCUCCGGAGACGGGGACUCCACUGCCUGCCUGGGGAGCCUGUUCCAGGGCUCAACUCCCGGCCUUAGAAAGUGUUUCCUCAUUUCUAAGCCAAAUCUCCCGGGCUGCAGCCUGGGCCCCCACCUGCAGUGGACACACAGAUCAAUUGGCCACGUCCGGGUUAGAUCAGCCCUUCACGGAUUUGCAGACUGUCACCAGGUCCCACCUCUGCCUGCUCUUCUCCAGACCAAACCUGCCCCGUUUCGUAACCUUUCCUCACCGGUCAGGUUUUCUGAACAUUAGCGGUUUUGUCGCUCUCCUCUGGACUCUCUCCAGUUUGUCCACAUCUUUCCUAAAGCGCAGCACCCAGAACUGGACACAAGACUCAGCUGAGGCCUCGCCAGAGCCCAGCACAGCGGGACAAUGACCUCCCGUCUUGCCUGUUAAUACGCCCCAGAAGAUCAGCCUUUUUUGCAGCUGCAUCAUAUUGUUGACUCUGAUUCAUUUGUGGUCUGCUGUAACUCCCGGAUCCUCUUCAGCAGCGCUCCCACCUCGCCAGUUACGCCCCGGGUUGUAGCUGUGCAUUUGAUUUGUCCUUCCUAAGUGACACACUUGGCACUUGUCUUUACUGAAUUUCAUCUUGUUGAAUUCAGACCAAUUCUUCAGUUUCUCCAAGUUGUUUUGAAUUGUAACCCUGUCCUCCCAAGUGCUUGCAACUCCUCCCAGCUGGGGCUCAGCUGCAAAUCUUAUCAGCACACUCCCCGAGCCGCUAUUGCUUUGUGGAAGCGACGGAGUCAAGGGCUUUUUCCAUUGACACGUCAGUAAAUUCUGUAUCGCCGGCAGAGCAGGAGCUGGGCCUUCUCUUCUGCUGCUCCCUGACCCCCCCCUGCUCCUCAGCAAUUCUCAGCCCAUCCUGGGGCCCCCUCCAUCUCCCACUCCACGCUGCUGUUUCCACCUCCCGGCAUCCACUUGGAAGUGGCAGGCGUCCUGCAAGGAGGACAAGCAGCUCAGGCCAAAGCAGAUAACUCCGUUGUCAGCGUCCAGGAAAUGGCCGUGCUGCUGAAAAGCAGCCCCGGGCCUUGGCAUUGCACCGUCGAGGGGGUGGGGAAGGUUCCCGGCUCAGCUCCCCAGCGGGGGCUGCGUUUCCAUAUGCAGCUGGAGCCAUAAACAAGGCUUUGACAUUGAAAAUGGCCUUUCAUCGGGGAGGAGCCCGCUGGACCCCCAAGCCAGCCCCGGCUCCGGGCUGGUCCUGCAGGGGAACGUGCCUCACAGCCAGCGGCGAGAGUCCUUCCUCUACCGCUCCGACAGCGACUAUGAUCUGUCUCCCAAAGCCAUGUCCCGGAACUCCUCCAUCGCCAGCGACCUGCAUGGAGAAGACAUGAUCGUCACGCCCUUCGCGCAGGUCCUGGCCAGCCUGCGCACCGUCAGGAGCAACUUUGCCCUGCUGACGCACCUGCAGGACCGCGUGGCUAGCAAGAGAACUUCUAGCAGCAACCCGCCAUCUGUGUGCAAGGCCAGCCUGUCGGAGGAUGCCUGUCAGAAGCUGGCAAUCGAGACCCUGGAAGAGCUGGACUGGUGCUUGGACCAGCUGGAGACCCUGCAGACCAGGCAUUCUGUCAGCGAGAUGGCCUCCAACAAGUUUAAAAGGAUGCUGAACAGGGAACUGACGCACCUAUCCGAAACCAGCCGCUCUGGCAACCAGGUGUCUGAGUACAUCUCCAGCACCUUCCUGGACAAACAGCAUGAGGUGGAAAUUCCCACCCCCACGCCCAAGGAGAAGGAGGCGGAGAAGACGACGCGCCCCAUGGCCCAGAUCAGCGGCCUGAAGAAACUGACGCACAGCUCCAGCUUCAUCAGCUCCAGCAUCCCUCGCUUCGGGGUCAGGACGGACCAGGAAGGGCUCCUGGCCAAGGAACUCGAAGAUACAAACAAAUGGGGUCUUGACAUGUUUAAAAUCACAGAGUAUUCUGGCAACCGCCCACUCACGGUCAUCAUGUACAGCAUCUUCCAGGAGCGGGACCUGAUGAAGACCUUCCGCAUCCCAGCCGACACCUUCAUCACCUACAUGAUGACCCUGGAGGACCAUUACCACGCCGACGUGGCCUAUCACAACAACAUCCACGCCGCAGACGUGGUCCAGUCCACGCAUGUGCUGCUGUCCACGCCGGCUCUGGAGGCUGUGUUCACGGACCUGGAGGUCAUGGCUGCCAUCUUCGCCAGCGCCAUCCAUGAUGUUGACCACCCAGGCGUGUCAAACCAGUUCCUGAUCAACACCAACUCGGAGCUGGCUCUGAUGUACAACGACGUCUCUGUCCUGGAGAAUCACCACCUGGCCGUGGGCUUCAGGCUCCUCCAGGAGGAAAACUGCGACAUCUUCCAGCACCUUGGCAAGAAGCAGCGGCAGUCGCUCCGCAAGAUGGCCAUCGACAUGGUGCUGGCAACGGACAUGUCCAAACACAUGAACCUGCUGGCAGAUCUGAAGACGAUGGUGGAGACCAAGAAGGUGACCAGUCUGGGAGUCCUGCUGCUGGAUAACUACUCCGACCGAAUCCAGGUGCUGCAGAACAUGGUUCACUGCGCUGACCUCAGUAACCCCACCAAGCCCCUGGAGCUGUACCGCCAGUGGACGGACCGGAUCAUGGUGGAGUUCUUCCACCAGGGGGACCGGGAGCGGGAGAAGGGCAUGGAGAUCAGCCCCAUGUGCGACAAGCUCAGCGCCUCCGUGGAGAAGUCCCAGGUGGGCUUCAUCGACUACAUCGCUCACCCGCUGUGGGAGACGUGGGCCGAUCUGGUGCACCCUGACGCCCAGGAGAUCCUGGACACGCUGGAGGACAACCGGGAGUGGUACCAGAGCAUGAUCCCGCACAGCCCCUCGCCGCCUGAGCAGCAGGAUCCCGAGAAGGGCGGUGCGGGGGAGAAGUUCCAGUUCCAGCUGACCCUGGAGGAAGAGGGCGAGUCGGACACUGAGCCGGAGGAGGCCGAGAGCCCGCUGGAGGAGGACAACAGUGGCAGCGACUCCAAGACGCUGGCCACAGAUGACUCGGAGUCGGCAGAGCUCGAGCGCCUGUCCCCCGGCUCAGCUGGCAGGGACUCUCCGCCCCCCGCGCACAGCGGCCCGCUCAGGAACACGCUGGUCAAGCAGAAGGAGGUCUUGCACUUUGACAACAGGAGGGCUCUGGAGAGGACGCUCUCGCAGCCCGACGGCGGCACCUCACUGGGGUGCCCGGAGCUGGGCCGCAGGGGGAGCCUGGAGGCCAGGGAGCUGGGCCUGGACACAGAGGGGAACCUCACGUUUCUGCCGCUGGGGACGUAAUGGGCGGCGCCCGCUGUGCCCGUUGGUUGGGUCUGGGAGCCACCUGGAGACCGGGCGCCGCAGGGUGGUUAAUAAAGAGAGCGAGAUUGGGGCGCGGAGCACAUGAGCUCUGUGGGCCCCCACCCUCCCGUAGCACCCGCUGGGGACAGACCGGGACCCUCCGGAGGGAGCAGGUGGGGCCGGUCUGGAAUUGCCAAGCUGCCGUGUGCCCUCGAGUGAUGACCGGGCAGCUCCGGCGCCUCCCACACGGCCUGGGAAUGGCUCUGUACCUGAGCAGGCCCCCAGCCGCCCUGGGCGGGUCUGUGCGCUGCUGCUGGGCUCGGACAGGGCUGCGGCUGCAGCAUUGUCAUGUGUGUCUUGCCUCACUAUCCUCGGUCUCACCCUGUGCCCUCCGCCUCCGCGCCUGCCAGCCAGGGCCCGACCUGGACCCGGAUGGGCAGAAGGGCUGGGAGCUGCAGGGGGGCAGACGGGCCACGCAGACCCAUGGGCAUCCCUGCUGCUCACAGCUAAGCACUGUGUCCCCUUCGGGCUGCAGCUCUGGGCUCCCGAGUGGGGAGCAUGUUCCCUGGUACCCCUGGGCCGUGCCCCCUCGGAGCCUGGCCCCCUCCCCCCUGCCGGGAUGCACUGACUCUCCUCCCCGGGAAGCCAGGCCUUUGAUCCACAUGCACACGGGCUGUGCCAGCCCGGGGCCCCAGCUAAGCCUGGCUGGCCUGGCUCCCCACCUUGAGCUCCUCAGCAGCCAGGCUGCAGUGUCCUGCCUGUUAGCGGCUCAGCAGCCCCCACCGGCCGGCCCAGCGCUGCCUCCGAGCGCCGAGGCUGGUGAGCCCCUCACCCGCUGUUCCCUUGCCGCGGCAGAGUCCAGCCAGUCCCGCUCCACUUACCUCCCGUCCCGGGCAGUUCCCCACCCACCCCCUCCCGCGGAAGGGGAUGUGGGGUGGGGACCCCCCUCCAGGAGGUGGGGCUUUGCCCCCACGUUCCAGCUCCAAGCACUGCAUCCCGUGGCUGCAGGGGCUGGAGCGCUGGGUGCAUCCAGGCCGCAGCUGGGAUUUCCUCACGGGGUGACGGUCACAUCAUCUCCCCGGGAGCUCUGGGGCCAGGCGCUCGGCUGCUGUGACCUGGCGCAGCUCCUUGGUACCCAGCAGAGCCGCUGGCCUCGGGCGCGGUGAGUAACAGAGCCGGGAGGGAACCUGUCCCAUGUCACCGGGCGCAGGCCCCUCUCCCACAGGCCGCCCCGGGCUCGGUGCGUGGAGGCGACUCCCCGUCGAAGGGUCUGGAUUCUACCCGCGUAGCUCCCACCGCCUGCGGCUGGGCCUGGCAGCCCGGGCACAGCCGUUCCCAUAGCGGAAGGGGAAGAAGCUGUCUGGGUCUCAGGCACCUUUAUCGGGGCUCACGGUGCCCAGGCCGGGAGCUGGGCUGCUCCAGCGACCUUCCCCGCCUCUGCCUGUCCUGGCCAGCUUGCGAGUCCCAGUGAAGCCAGCAGGAGGCACUGCUGGUAAUGGGAGUCUAUGGAAGGCCCCGGGUGGCAGAGGGUCUCUAUUUACAGGAGCUGUCACAGAACAGCAUCUGGUGCUGCCCGUCAGGGACGCCCCCUUCUCCUGCGCUGGAUACACGGGACCUGGACCACGCAAGUACGUUGUACUGUGCUGUGCUGCUGUCAAUCUCCAUUGCCUCUAAUUGAUGCAGCUAAACGAACUGGCUGCCCCCCUCGGCGGGGAGACGGGCAGGACAGGGGCUGGGCACCAACAUACCCCCUGCUUCCCUGAUGCCAGACAGCCCUUUGCAGGCAGACGCUGCAGACUAUGAACCAAAGGGAGAGAUGCGUAUUCCCAUUGCAAAGCAGCAAUGGCUCCCCAGUGCAACAGCCCCCCCGGCUGGGGGGGGGGGCUGAGUGGGCCUGGCAGUGGGAGCUGGGA